AUGCCACGCAAGAACAAAAGAAAACAUCUUGCAAGUGAAUUACCUGGAAAACGUGGUUGCUUUGCACCCCGAGAAACAGUUGUACAUGAAGAAGCUACUAAUGGAUCUGAUGUAAUAGCAGAAGCAUAUGAGAAUACCGAUGGGACUGGUUGUAUAGAUACUACAAUGCAAGAUGAGACUGAUUGUACUGAUAUUACAGCGCAGGAUGAUACUGAUGAAACGAUGCGAGGAUGUAGCAAAAUGUCAAGGACAACAAUAUGGAGAAAAAAACAGAAAAAAGUUAAUGCAUUAACAAAUACUAAUGUACUAACUACUUCAUCACAGCAAUCUCAAUCUGAAUCCAUUAAUACUGUAAUAUUAUCCCAACCAAUAUUAACCAAUGCUAUAACAUUAUUGUCACGAUCAUCAUCAAAGUUUAUUCCUACAAUUAUACGAAACUCUCCAUUAUUUGUUGAAACUAUGGCAAAACUACGAAUGCAAUUAGGCCAAUCUAUAAAUAUUGAAACAUCAUCCUUGGCAACAAACCAAUCUAAUAAUGCCGCUAGCAACUGUAUAGCACAAACAAUAUGGGACAGAGGAAGUUACUUAGCAAGAUGUGUUAGAAAAUGGGGAGACCACUAUGUACAAACUGGAGAACUUCUUAUUGAUCAUCAGAGAAAACAUCUGAAUCAAAAAAGUUUAAUCAAAAAUAUAGAUUUUUCAGAUGCUUGUCAAGCUUGGUUACAUCAGCAAAAACCUGAAUUACAUUCUCCUUGUGCCUUGAAGGCAUAUAUUGAAAAGGCAUUACUUCCUCAAAUGGCAGAAAAGAUUAAAAAAAAAAACUAUCUCUGA